AUGAAAUGCUUACAAGUCUGGCUGAAGAUUUCUUCAACAUAUUGCUGGCUAUAUGUGAUAGCAAACCUGAAGGUAGUUAGAAAACUUAAUUUAAUGCUUGACAACACACCUCGAGAUGCCAGGAAAAAGAUAUUUUCUACAAAGGAAAUGUUGCUUGUCAUGAGUGACAUGGGGCAGAGAAUUUUGGAUGCUGGAGACUAUGACCUGCAGGUGGCCAUUACUGAAGCUUUGUGCAGAAUGGUGUCAGAGAAACAAAGAGCAGAACUGGCAAGCCAGUGGUUUUCCAUGGAGUUUGUGUCAAAUGCAUUUAAAGGAAUUAAAGAUUCUGAGUUCGAAACAGACUGCAGAAAAUUUCUUAACCAGGUGAAUGGGAUGCUUGGAGACAAAAGAAGGGUUUUCACAUAUCCGUGUUUAUCCGCAGCUCUUGAUAAACAUGAGCUACAAAUACCAUUGGAUGAAAACCUUGAAGAAUUUUGGAUUGAUUUCAAUGUUGGUAGCAGAAGUAUAUCUUUCUAUGUGGCAGCAGAUGAUGCAGAUCAACAGUGGGAAACAGUUAUUAUUCCUGAAGAGGGGGUAGACCUGUACAGCCUUGAAGAAAAAGAUUCAAAAACAUUAUUAACAAUAAAUCUAAAAAGCCCAAUGAUUGUUGGUAAUCAAGAAGGAGAGAAUUUUUUUUUAUAUUUUGAUUCCGUUUUGGAAAUCAAAGAUACAACCAGAAAGAUUUAUGGAUUAAGUAAAUGCAAGGGCUUUAGUAAGAAGCAGACUGCAUCAGUUGCCAAAACAACUGUACACGUCGUCUUUGAUGAAAGUGGAUCCCAGGUACUUGUACCAGAAAGUCAGUUGUCACCAUGUUUGGAUAACAAACUUAAAGGAGAGGAGAAGCUCAAUAAAUAUAAAACCCAGCAACUUCCUGCAACCUCAAAGACUCCGGGUAAAAAUAACAAUCAAGAUAAAUGCAAAGUUGAUUCCUCCAAGGUAACUACAGCUCGAAAAAGGAAAGUGUCUGAAGCAUCUGUGCUUAUUCCUGGAACGACAAGACUUCCCACAAGGAGUCCACUGGUAUUUGUUAGUACAGCCACUCCUCAUAAAGGACGAUUUAAAUUACCUUUGGAAAUGAUGAGCUCUGCUGAAAAGUCUAACAAUAAUGACAUAAAUGAGAUGAGAACCAAGAGUUUCUAUGAAGAACCAACUGGAAGUGGGCAAAGAUGUACACUAGAGAAUGGAUUUUGUGAAACAGAACAGAAGAUCAGGAAUUCAAAUAUCAGAAAUGAGUCAAAACUACCUGAAAAGCUAAUGUGUGCUGAGGAAGUUUUAAACAUGAUACAAGAACUGGAUAUUGUUGCCGCAGAAAAGCAAACUUUAGAUGAAGCAUUAGAUGUUGUUCCUGAUUCUCAGCCAGCAGGAAGAGGCAACAAACCUAUGCUGUCUGAUCUGUUGGAGAGUUCUUUUGAUAAAACCAAAACGUGGAAGAAAAGAGCAUGCUCUGUGCCUAAGAAGAAUAUAACAACUGGUGACAAGCAAAAGCUAAAUCCACCACUGGCCCAUACACCCCAUCCAGCUAGAGUAUCCGAAACAUCUUUGCCCUCAGAUUUUACAAAUGAGGAACCAGAUGUUCUCUUUAAAAAAGAUACUGCAAAUCCAAACCAAUUAAAGACGAAAGCAAAGUCUAAAGAAAUGACAGAUGCAACAACAAAAUCCCUAAUUAGUAAGAUCAGUGACAGAUAUAAAGACAAGACUGAUGAGAAAAACAAAGCAAGAGACUCCUUUAGUUUUAGCAGGCCACAUUUAAAUAAAUCAUAUGUCUCUAAGGAAGAAGUUCAGAAUAGAAACCUGAAAACCACUUCUGCUCUUAAUAUAACUGCUGCUCCCACUGGGGAUGAUAUUUACAACUUUCACAUCAGUGGAUUUGAUGAGCCUACCAUAAAACUUGGAAGCAGACAAUCACAUGUUACUGAACUCGGUGCUUAUACAGGUCCAAACAAAAAAAGGAACACAGAUGACAGUAAAACUAUCACUGAGAUAAAAGGAAGCAAAAAAACUACAAACAGUAAAAACAAGAAGCAUCUUUUCAGUGACACGGAUACAGAAUACAGAGCUGAUGACAGCAAGACUGACAUUAGUUGGCUACAAGAAUCAAACAGAAAAUCUAAAGCACAGUUAAUUGAUUACAGUAGAAAUAAAAAUGUAAAGAAAGCAAUAAGCACAGACAAAAUUACAGCAGAUAAAUUCUCUGAACCUGCUUGCUACAUGGAUAAACCUAAAGGCAAAAAUGCAAAUAAAAAAAAGAUAAACAAAAACAAAUGUGAAAAAGAGAAUUCAAAAGCAGAUCAAAUAAUAGAACAAGCCACCAGACAAAAAAGACCACGAAGAGCAGUGGUAGCAAAAAAUUACAAAGAGCCUUCUAGUUCUGAGUCAGAGUGGGAAAGGAAAACUUCAGCUUGUACCUCUAAAGAGAAGAAAUCAAAGCCACAGGUAUACAGUUGUACUCUGUUCCUAAAACAGCUGAAUGAGGAAAACAAGGGUGAUGAUCAGAAAAAAGAACUCCAGAACACGGUGUCUACAGAGCCAAAGGGAAUAGCUAACUACGUACAUAAAGCAUUUCUUAAAUCAAAGAACUCUGCAGAAGAAAAGGAAAUGGAAAUGCUUUCAUCUGAGAGUCUUGCUUCUCCUGAGACAAUGAGAUGUGCUGAAAGAAUAUCAGAAAGUGAUGUUGCUCAAGAGCAUGAUUACAGUGAAACAUCACCUGGUCUUCAGGAUUCAACACCAGAAAAAAGAGAAGUAUUAAACUUUGAGAAAGGAAUCUCUCCCAAUAAUUUCUGUUCACAAAAAAAGAAUAUUCCAAGUAUAUGUCUAAAUCAGUCCCCUGAGAUGACUAUUAAAAAGUUAACUUUUGGAAAUAAAAGUUUCUCACCAGUUUUAACUGAAGCAUCUUUGCUUAGUUUAAGGACAUCCAAAACUGUCAGUGGAAAGCAUUCAAAGGGGUCUGUGUUUGAAACCCGUGAUAAUAAUGAAGAUUCAAGUUUUAGACACUGCUUUUCAGACACACUGGCUGUUAAAGGAAAAGUACAGGAUAUCACUAAACAUGAUACCAAAAGUGAAGAAGAGGAUGAUGCAGGAACAUCUCCAGUUUCUGCUUCCAGUGGAAGAAACGUAGAGUCUUGGAGCAAAGCCCCUUAUCACCCCGUACAUGAGUCAGGACCAACUAUACAGCCAUUUUCCAAGCGAAGGUACCACAGUGAUACAGAAAGCAACUCUGAUGAAGUAGAAACAAACAAAGAGGAGAGAAAGAAAAGAGACAGAAUAAUGAAGUUACAGCCUAGAAAGUUAUUUAAAACAGAUGAUGUUGUUACGUGUGGAGUGUCUGAAACUGUGUCUACUUGGUCUGUAAAUGAUGUGACUGGUUCGGAUGGGGAGCUCUGGGAACCUGGUUGUUCAACUGUGAGUAUAUGUCAGAAGCUCCAAAAAGAAUUUACUAAGAAAAUUGAGAGCCGCUCACGGAUAAUGGAUUGUUUUGCUAAACAGUCAUUAAGAGCUGUCCAUGAGCACUUGACAAAAAUGAGCUAUCAGCUACAUGAAUGCAGGAUCAAACAGCUGGACAAAUUUCAUUUUAUUCUCCUUGAGGAAAUUGAGAAUUUUGAAAAAGAUUCUGUGUCUCUAAAAAACAUGGAGAAAGAGUUCAUGAUCUUUUGGAAAAAACAUACACAUACUUUUAGUGCCUACAUGAGAAGUGAGCAGCAGAGAAUUCAGAUACUUAAAACAUCAUACGAGAAAAACAUCUAUCAUACUGCUGACUAUGAAAAACAUAUUUUUACUUCAGAGAUGAAUCUGAUGAAAGAAGACAUAAAAGGACUCCAAGAGAAACUCCUUAAAGAAAUGCAAGAAGAGGAACUGUGUAAUGUUCGCAGAGGACUGCAGGCAUUGUUUCAAUCAGAAGACAGAAUUCUGAAAUAA